CUGCGCGCUCCGCGAUCCUCUAGCGCUGCCUUUUCGGUCCCCACGUGGGCGGGCCGGCGAUGGCGGCGCUGGUGGCCUCCGAGGCGGCCGGGCCGGGCGGCCGGAACGGCCCCGGCAGAGGUCGAGUCCCUCGGGGCCGCUUGGCCAAUCAGAUACCCCCUGAGAUCCUGAACAACCCCCAGCUGCAGGCAGCUAUUCAAGUCCUGCCUUCCAACUAUAACUUUGAGAUCCCCAAGACCAUCUGGAGGGUCCAGCAGGCCCAAGCCAAGAAGGUGGCCCUGCAAAUGCCGGAAGGCCUUCUCCUCUUCGCCUGCACCAUUGUGGAUAUCUUGGAAAGGUUCACAGAGGCCGAAGUGAUGGUGAUGGGUGAUGUGACCUACGGGGCUUGCUGUGUGGAUGACUUUACUGCAAGGGCCCUGGGAGCUGACUUCCUGGUGCACUAUGGCCACAGCUGCCUGGUUCCCAUGGACACCUCUGCCCAAGACUUCCGGGUGUUGUAUGUCUUUGUGGACAUCCGGAUAGACACUGCCCACCUACUGGACUCUAUCCGCCGCACCUUUCCCCCAGCCAGUGCCCUGGCCCUGGUCAGCACCAUACAGUUUGUGUCAACCUUGCAGGCAGUUGCCCAGGAGCUGAAAGCUGAGUAUCGCAUGAGUGUCCCACAGUGUAAGCCCCUGUCCCCUGGGGAGAUUCUGGGCUGCACAUCACCCUACCUGCCCAAAGAGGUGGAGGCUGUUAUAUAUCUUGGAGAUGGCCGCUUCCAUCUGGAGUCUGUCAUGAUUGCCAACCCCGAUGUCCCUGCUUACCGAUAUGAUCCAUACAGCAAAGUCCUAUCCAGAGAGCACUAUGACCAUCAGCGAAUGCAGACUAACCGCCAAGAAGCCAUAGCCACUGCCCGCUCAGCUAAAUCCUGGGGCCUUAUCCUGGGCACUUUGGGCCGUCAGGGCAGCCCCAAGAUUCUGGAGCACCUGGAAUCCAGGCUGCAAGCCUUGGGACUUCCCUUCGUGAGGCUGCUGCUCUCCGAGAUCUUCCCCAGCAAGCUCAGUCUGCUUCCACAGGUGGACGUGUGGGUACAGGUGGCAUGUCCACGCCUCUCCAUUGACUGGGGCACAGCCUUCCCCAAGCCGCUGCUGACACCGUAUGAGGCGGCGGUGGCCCUGCGGGACAUUUCCUGGCAGCAGCCCUACCCCAUGGACUUCUAUGCUGGCAGCUCCUUGGGGCCCUGGACGGUGAACCACGGACGAGACCGGCCCUCCCAGGCACCCCGCCGGCCUGCGCUGGGGAAGAUGCAGGAGGGAUCCGCGCGCCUUUCUCCAGCCGUGACUUGCGAGGGUUGCAGCUGCAGAGACGAGGAAGUGGUGCCACUCGCUCCCUGAGACGCUCCUGAGUCUCAGGGUCCUGCCCUCCGGAGGAGCAGCCUCGAGGCUGGUGGUUUUCGGAACAGGGGGCAGACGUUUUCUCCGCGCUGGAAGAGCCCGCGGUGUGCAGAGGUCUGGAAGAAGCCUUGGGGACGGUGGCACAGGCACUGAACGAGCUGGGACCUUUUGAUGGGCUCCUUGGUUUCAGCCAGGGGGCAGCGCUAGCAGCCCUUGUGUGUGCCCUUGGCCAAGCAGGCGAUCCCCGUUUCCCCUUGCCAAGGGUUUAUCAUCUUGGUAUCUGGUUUCUGUCUUCGGGGCCUUGGCCUCCAGGAAUCCGUCCUGCAGGGUCCCUUGUCGCUGCCUUCACUCCAUGUUUUUGGGGACACUGACCGUGUCAUCCCCUCUCAGGAGAGUAUGCAACUAGCUAGCCGAUUCACUGGAUCCACCACUCUCACCCACUCUGGUGGCCACUUCAUUCCAGCAGCUGCACCACAGCGCCAGGCCUACCUCAAGUUCUUGGACCAGUUUGCAGAGUGAAAGAUCAACACAUGCCUGGGUCCCUGUAUCCUCCUUCUCACCCCAGUGGGGACACUGACUUUGGGGCAGCCUCUAUGAUCCCUGCUCUCCCCUUGUCCCUACCCUGGGACCUCCACUGCUAUUUGUGCUCCUCACCAUCACCAAGUAAGA